AUGAAAAAUGGUGAUCUUCGCACUUUCUUGACGAAACAUCAACCAUCUCAAUCGCAAAAGCUAUUAUGGUUUCGUGAUAUGGCAUCUGGUCUUGCAUACAUCCACAGUCGGAGGGUCCUUGUUGUCGAUAUUGCGAGUCGAAACUUCCUUGUCGACUCUGACCUUUCCAUCAAGUUCUGUGACUUUACCGAGUCUUUGAUAUUUCCAAUUGAAACCGAUAUGAAUACCGCCAAAGUCUUAGGAUAUACAGUUCAGAUUGAUCUGCAUCUCCUUGGCGCUGUAUUCUAUGAGGUUGUAACUGGCGAAAAGAGGCAGAGGAUCGGGCACAUUUGCCGCAGAGGGAAAACUCUUCCAUCCACUAAGGAUGUAUGGCUUGGUUCUGUGAUUGAACUUUGUUGGACAGGCGGGUUCCAUACUGCGGAUUCAUUACUACAAGCAUUGGAUUCGAUUCACGAUGUGCCCGAAAAGGAACCCCAGAACCAGCUCGUUGGUGAAUUCUUACUGAGUCUCAAUAGCUUUGUCACUCAGAGACCGACUGCCGUAACAAUGGCUGGGCUUUUCACUAUGGCAGCAUUGUUGGUAUGGGCUCAGAAACGAGCAAGGGCUCUAGUCUAA